CAUUUUCAUUUUUCAUUUUUGAUUUGGGUGGACACUUCCUUGCCACCGUCCUCUCCCUCUUUCACAGCCAUAAUUCACGCAAUCAACUCCAGUUCCGGUGGCGAUCUUGUCGGAGAACGCAACACAUGGCACUCCUUAAUUCGUUGCUUACUUCGAACCUGUUUCACCAUUCAACGGGAGGAGCAGACUUUCCGGUCUUCAAGCGACCGUUGAUUCAGGUAGUAAGACUGAAAGAGAAGAAACCAAAUGCUCCGAAAGCCAUUAAUGUUUCAAGGAGAGAUGCAUUGCUAUAUUUGUCUGCAGGCUCUCUUGCUGGAUUCACCAUUUUCACGGCAGAACCUGCUGAAGCUCGCAUUGGAAGGCAGGAGAUGAAGAAAAAGGUUUUGGAGAAGCUCCGGGAGAAGGCGAGGAUGUCGAAGACUGAGAAUGGGAAGACAGAAUCUCCGUCAAGUCAAUCGUCUUCUAAGCAGGAAUCUGUUCUACCAUUGCUACCACCAUUACCAUUUCCAAAUCUACAAGCAGCUACAAUUUGAAACCUUAUUGAAACAAGUGUUCCCAUAUAAUUCAAAUUCUGAAAUCGAAAUUAUUGAUAGAAUUUGUAAAUGAAUUUUACAAACUUUAGAGAAUAAAUUUUCUUGACUAA